CCAACAGUUGCAGAUCUGUCAAGCUCAAAAGGGAGAAUGGCGUUUUAUCAUGUUGUUCUUUUCUUCACUAUAAUUUUCCUUUGGCACAUCCUAGCGAACGCUCAAAUUUCCUCAGAAAAUCAGAAACAGUACGUGUCUCCUGAAAAAUCACGAAACCUCUUCCUACACCAACCCAUAAGGUCGACCAGAAAGAUCUCGCAGAGGGCAUUCCAGGACUUGGACCUGUUCACAGCCAGAGGAUACGGGAAGAGGGCCAAUUGUCCUGGAGGAUUCUGUGGAAAACGCAUGCCAGCCUUCUCCGGGGCCAGGCUGUACGGCAAGAGGAAUAGCGACAUCAACCAGUUAAAAUGUUUCUUUAUGGAUUGCUUGGAACUGAAGUCGAGAAUGAGAAAUGUGGAUUAUCCUAGCAGGAAAUUCAGAAGAGACGAUGAAGUAGUUUUACCAGAUUAAUUAAUGAACAAACUGUUAACUUUUCCGUGAUUGUGAUUGUA